CUCUCGGCGGAGCUCUUCUCGCCGCACCACCAACUUGUCACCAAAGAUGGCGAUUUGCUGAGUGCUCAUGGAUACACACAUUUUUCGGCUUGUCGUUAUCUCACCAGAAACGCCAACUUUAGAAACACGUUAACUGCUCAGCGAGCGACUCUUUCUCCGUGUGAAGCACAUCUGACUCAGCGUCAGCCGCCGCCGCCAUGCAGAUCACUCUGAAAACACUGCAGCAGCAGACGAUUCAGAUUGAGAUAGACCCCGAACAAACGGUGAAGGCCUUGAAAGAGAAGAUAGAAGCAGAAAGAGGAAAAGACUACUUUCCUGUAUCCGGGCAGAAGCUGAUAUACGCCGGGAAAAUCCUGCAAGAUGACACACCGAUUAAAGAAUACAACAUCGAUGAGAAGAACUUUGUUGUAGUGAUGGUUUCCAAGGCUAAACCCGCAGCUGCCGCCUCGCCUCCGGCCUCAGAAGCACCCAAACCCCCCGUACAGGACUCUGGCUCCACGUCAACAGCUGUCCCCGCCACAGCCCCAGCUUCAGCCCCAGCCCCAGCCCCGACCCCCGCAGCUGUCCCCAUUCCCUCUGAGGAGGCCAAAGAGGAGCCAAGUGCCGCAGCCACAGAACCACAACAACCAGCCAGCUCCAGUGGCGGGGGUCAGGGCCUGGAUGCCUCCUCAGCGCUCGUGACUGGAGCCGAGUACGAGGCCAUGCUCACAGAGAUCAUGUCCAUGGGCUACGAAAGGGAGCGAGUGGUGGCGGCACUACGGGCCAGUUUCAACAACCCCCACAGAGCUGUGGAGUACCUCCUCACUGGUAUCCCCAGCAGCCCAGUGCAGGAGAGUAAUCCCCCGGCGCAGGCCCCCGCGUCCGGACCCACAGAAGCCCCGUCUCUAGCAGAGGGAGAGAACCCACUUGCAUUCCUGCGGACUCAGCCUCAGUUCCUGCACAUGAGACAGGCCAUCCAGCAGAACCCUGCUCUGCUACCAGCUCUGCUCCAACAACUAGGCAGGGAGAACCCUCAGCUUCUACAGCAAAUCAGUCAGCAUCAGGAGCUGUUCAUCCAGAUGUUGAACGAGCCGGUGGGAGAGGCAGGAGAUGCGCCAGAAGUCGGAGAGAUGGGAGCAGCCGGGGAGGAGGGCGCACCUGUCAACUAUAUCCAGGUUACACCUCAGGAGAAGGAAGCAAUCGAAAGGUUAAAAGCGUUGGGUUUCCCAGAGGCCCUGGUGAUCCAGGCCUACUUUGCCUGCGAGAAGAACGAGAACCUGGCGGCCAACUUUCUCCUCAACCAGGGACUGGAAGACGACUGAGCAGCGCUGCCUUCCUGCUCCUCCCUCCUACCCUCCCCCUCUUCAGCUCAGCAUAAAGACUGCACCCCCAACUUACUGUACAGCUACCAACCUCAGCUCAACCCGACAGGAGGGGAGGAGAGGGGAGAGCCAGCAGGGGGGGGCGGGGGGUGCGGGUGGGGGUGGGAUGGGAAGGGUCGGGUCGACGGGGUGGGUGGUUAGGUUACAGCGGGGCGACACGUUUAAAGUACACAAAGUGGAGGUUGUGUGCAGGAAGGUCAGACUUGGAUCAUCGGAGGUCGAGGGCGGACGUAUGAUAAAAUCCACGUGAAUUCCAAUGGAAUGUGUGGGGUUUGUCUAGGGGAGAUCUAUAAUUUGAUUUUAGACGCGCUUUGUGACAUUAGGGAGGGGGAGGGCGGCAGGGCUGAAGGGGUCUGCGACGAGAGCGUGUGCGCUAGUGUCUGCGUGUGUGAGUACAUGUCCGUGUGCCUGUGCAGAUGGAUGCGAUACAGUUAAGCUGAAAAAAACAAAACAGUAAUCAAUUUGCAUUCUCUAAGUUUGUUAAUGCUGUAGCUGGAUUGUAUGGAAGCACAUUCUCCUCACUGCACUUCAACAUUAUCAGUGUGUGUAACUGCUUGUAUGUACCUCUGUAAGCCUCAUGUACGUACGUCCAAGAAUGAAAUUUGGCAGAGAUAGACUGGAGCGUGCUGCCCUUUGUAUGUGUCUGACAUGAUGUUGCUGGGGUCUGUUUGGGGGGAACAAUGGGAACUAAACUGACAAAUAACAAUCUGGUUAUUCUGUUCACUUUGUACCGCCCUCGCCUGUCCUUCCAUGGCAGCGUCUGCCUGUUAGGUCGCUCAAAAGUGGAACUGUUUUUGGUGCUAAUUAACACUAAACAUGAAAAUCUCCUUCACAACUUUAACAUUAGAUUCUCCAACAUUCUGAUGACGUGUUUUUUAAGAUCUUCCACUAUUUAAACACACAACAACAACAGAGGGAGAAACUGGAGCAGACACUAUGAUGGAGUACAGACUCACUCACUGAAAUUUGUCAGUUUUAAUUGACCCCUCGCUAAGCCCCGCCCCUUUGUGAUGGUCCAUCGCAGUAAACAUGGAGCCCUCACUGUAACUAACUGCACUCCCUGAAGAAAUAUAAUCAUAUGUUUGGACAAAUGAGAGAGUGAUGUCAGAGAGAAGCAGACAGAGGGGUCUACAGUCUGUGUUUGAAGGAUAUAUCCAGGAUGUCAAACUGACUCAGCAGCAACAACAGGUUAAAAAGACAAAGAUAGUUAGAAGCUAAAGCCGAACUAUAGGCUACAGAUCACAGUGUAAAAGUGAACCACCACAUCACUGCUGAUCGCCACACAAGACAAUGAAUAUAAAGGGAAACUUUGCUGAUAUUGAACCAGCAUGUGUAUACAUUCAGUAGGCUAUAUCUUCAGUAGCUAGCUAGCUAACCCUACACUUUCCAGGGUUUGAUUUUGGUUUUGGAACAGGGAAGAAACGUAUAUCUUUUUCCAACCUCUCCAGGUAACGAGUCUCAUUAAUACACGACGUGCCCCAGACACAACAUUUAGCUCCACAUCCACAAAACCAGCCUGGAAAUGAAGGAAAUCUGAAACAAUGGAGCACAGCACAGAUUGGCUAGGCUGUGUUUGGGGGCGGGGCUUAGCGAAGGGUCAAUUUACCCAAAGAGGGACCUUUCCUCCAGCUCACUAAAUGUUUGUCUUUAGUUCGCCAGGUUGACGACACAUUUUACAAGUUAACCCAAACGACAGCGCGCCCACACGCUUCAGUUCUAACGUGUUACAUGCAAAUGUGUGUGUGCAGAUAAAUGUGUGUACUGCUUGGUGAGGUGGAAACCAUCUGCAUGAGGUUUUAACAUGUGUGAGUGAGUCAUCAGGACCAUGCAAUGAUUUAUUCUCUUUUUCUUUACGUCAGUUCUUCAGAGGUGGUCACAGAGAAUAAACACCUUUAUACAGCGAUCAUACCAUGUACUAACAUGUCUAGGAUGUCUACAGUUUUUUUUCUUUCCUUGUAACAUGGCUUCAGACAUUCAGAACACUUCAGGGAAAGAACUGGGAACCAGAUCCAUCGACUUGUAGAGGAAACAUACUGUACGUUUAUCUUCCCCACCCGGGAACAAUUCAAUCUGAUUGAAUCUGAGUUCUAAUGAAGCUUAGAUUAAAUUCUGAAUAAAAGAAAAUGACACUAAAGGCACUUCCUGUUGUCUAAAUCUUCUGGCGCUCUGUGUGCUGCCAGUCGGGAGCAACUUAAAAUAAACCUGUACAUGCUACAGGCAGGGGGCGGGGCCAUAAGAUUAUGAUUUCUGACAGUCAGGUGACUACAAAGAGACGCAAAACAACUUUAAUGAGAGCAUAGAACUACAAGCACAGAACAACUUUAAUGAGAUGCAGAAAGAUGACAAAGACACAAAGAGAUGCAAAGCGAAAUAAAGAGGCCCAGGACAACUACAGAGCGACACAGAACAACCUUAAUGAGAUGCAAAACAACUACAAAAAGAUACAGAUCGACUUAAAGAGAUGCAAAAUGGCUUUGAAGAGAGCAUAGAACUACAAAGACGCACAGAGCGACUUCAGACGCAAAAUGACUCGAGUUUAAAAAUAUAUAGAGAUGCAAAACAACUACAGAGCACAGAACAACUACAAAGCUACACAGAACAACUUUAAUGAGAUGCAACACAACUCCAAAAAGAUGCAGACCAACUACAAAGAGGCAGAAUGACUACAAAAACAGCAUAGAACUACAAAAAAACAGAAAUACGUAGACAAAGAAUGACUACAAUGAGACACAAUACAACUACAGAGCUACACAGAACAACUUAAAUGAGAUGCAAAACAACAUCACAAAGAGGCAGAAUGACUUUGGAGAGAGUGUAAAACAACCACAGGGCACAGAACAGCUACAAAGCUACACAGAACAACUUAAAUGAGAUGCAAAAUGACUUCAAAGAGAUGUGAAACAACUUCAAAGAAGCACAGCGACCACAAAGAGACACAGAACGACUUUAAAGAGACACAAAAUGACCCUGAAGAGAGUGUAGCACAACUUCUGAGACACAGCGACUUCAGACGCAGAAUGAUGAGUGAAGAGAUAGGACACAGAACAACUACAAAGAGACGCAAACUGACUUCAAAGCAAUGCAAAACAACUUCAAAAAGAUGCGAGACAACUCCAAAGAUGCAGACUGACUACAAAGAGACGCAGGAUGACUUAAAAGACGCAAAAUGACUGAAGAGAGCACAGAACAAUUGUCAUAAGAUGCAAAACAACUUCAAAAAGCUGCAUAACAACUACAAAGAGACGCAGAAUGACUUCAAACAACCAAAAUGAAUUAGAAAGAGGACGUACAACAACUACAAAGACACAGAGCGACUUCAGACUCAAAAUGGCCAGACGUCUUUGAUGCAUAGACGCAGAACGACUACGAAGCAAUGCAAAACAACUUCAGAAAGAUGCACGACAACUACAAAGAGACGCAGGAUGACUUAAAAGAUGCAAAAUGACUUUGAAGAGAGCGUAGAACAACCACAGGUAGACACACGAUGACUUCAGACGCACAAUGACUAGAGUUUAAAAAUACAUCAAGUACGAAUACAAAGAGACGCAAAAUGACUUCAGAGAUGCGACACAACUACAGAGCACAGAACAAUUGUUAUAAGAUGCAAAACAACUUCAAAAAGUUGCAUAACAACUACAAAGAGACGCAGAAUGACCUCAAACAACCAAAAUGAAUUAGAAAGAGAAUGUACAACAGCUACAAAGACACAGAGCGACUUCAGACUCAAAAUGGUCAGAGCUCUUGAAUACAUAGAUGCAGAACGACUGCGAAGAGACAAAAUGACCUCCAAGCUCCACAGAACUUUGAGAUGCAAAUAAGAAGCACACAGACUACAAAGAGUCGCAAGACAAAUUAAAGAGAUGCAAAAUUAUCACAAAGAUGCAAAACGACAUUGCUGCAUCAUCUGUAGCCAUUUUGAGUCUCUUUGAGUCUCUGCUCCUGUGACGGUGGGGAGGAGGGGUCUGUUACAUGUCUGAGUCCAGGGGCCGACUCUUGGUGAAGCAACAAACAGCAGCUUCAUAUUGACGAAGUUUCAUGUAAGAAUAUUUAAAGUUUUUAUUCUGAAUAAACAAUUAAACUUCUAAAGUACGA